GCCGAGAAGAAAACCGCCGGCGCCCCGGGCCAAGAACGGUCUCGCACACUUGAAGAGUUUUUGCGACCAAGACACACCGUUAGCAGAGAAAAAGAAAAAAAUGGGAACGGUUCAUCUCCCGACGUUUCCCUCUAGGUAACUCUCUGUGCUUUUCCUUUUUCCUUCACGUAACUCUCUACCUUUUCUGUCAUGUAAAAAAACCUCUCUUCGUUCCUCUUUUUCUAAAUUCCACCUUUGUAUCCUUCUGCAGCUCCCCAGCUCGCUUUCACUGUGCAGCGUUCUCUUCCUCAGCGUUUUUUCUUGGUCUUCUCUUUCUUGAGCGUAGGAGAUUUUCUCGCCGGCUUCACUUUACUUUCCACCAUUUCCUUGACUUCUGGCGUCCCAGCGUUUCCACCCCCCCCCCCCCCGCAAGGCUGACGAGAAGCUUCCUGAGUUCGCGGAGAGAAGACUUUUUGAGUCGGCGUCGGCGAGAAUUUGUUUUCUUUCCAGAGUUCGAGGAGUGCCAAAGUGACGAGGCGACCCGGCGGCUUUGCGACUUCCUCCUGUUUUGCAGCGAACAACAGACGCAAAGGAUGUCGCGGCCGCCGAGAUAUCCACUUUUCUUCGAGUCUCUUUGACAAGCGUGUGAGCAAAUUCGCAGAAGGCGCGCUCGACUCUUUCCGACCGGGGUGCCCGGUCCCUCUGUACUUGUCUCUCUCUCGUCUUCUGUCUCCUCCACCUUAGUGCCUCCACCUCUGUUUUCUUCUUCGUCUUCUUCUUCUUCUUCAGUUCCUUUGCUUCUCUUCCCUUGCCCUUGUCUCCCCGUCCCUCUUCCCCUCUGCAGUUUUCAGUUCAUCCUCCACCGGCGCUCGCCUCUCUUUGUCUCCGCUCCCUCUUUCUGUCCUCUUCUUUGCUUCUUUUCUGCGGUUUGCCAACAUGUCUCUCUUGCUGGGGGGGUGGGUGUACGCGGUGACGGCGGGCGGUCUGCUGCUUCUCUCCGGAUCGCUCUACUGGUUCUACGUGCGUCGAAAAGCCUCCAACCUCGUCGCGUUCAUGGUCUUCUCCGCGACCCUCGCCACCGUCUUCCUCCUCUGUCUCCUCGUUCCUCUCGACAUCCUCGUUGCGAGCCGUCCAGGAAAGGCGGAGUUCCCAGGUGUCGCCGUCGUCUUCAGAAAAAUCGAACUUCCUUCAGAGGGAACAUCCGCAAACCUUUCUGCCGACAUCGACAAGACAGAAGGCGAGACAAAGGCCUCCAACUCUCCUCCCCGAAGACUCACAGCCGCUGGAGUCUCAACAGACAGUAUCUCGAGUAACGAGACCUCCCGACAGUCUUUCUCUUCUCGCGCGAAAAACAGUUAUCCUCGAUCUCUGUUUCACCUCCCUGACCUGUCUACUGGAUCUACUGCACGACGUCUCGCCACUCAAGGCCUUCCUUCCUCCUCUCCCUCUGCUUCUUCUACCUCUCUUUCUUCUCUCUCUGCUUCGGAGUUCAAGUUGUCUGCUGCGGAAGUGAAGGAAGCUGCACGCGGACCAUCUUUUUCGUUUUUCUAUCCAGACAAGUCUUUCUCUGCAGAGGCCGGGGAAGUGAAGGCGUUCGAGUCUCUGAUGCAGCGCUUGCAGACCGGCGCGGCAGUGCAACUGCCGCCUUUGUCUCUGGACGCUCUCUCGCUCAAGCAACUUUACGUCUCGCUCUUCUCGCUUCUCCUCUUCCUCACGUACCUCGCUCUCCCCUUCGCCUUCUUCUACUCCAGGCGGCUGCGCAGCCUCAAGACAGAGUUCGGCCGCGGCCGCUCCUACGAGAUUGACACUUCAGUUGUUCCACCGUUCACUGUCGCAUGUGCAGCAGCUCAACAGACUCUCAUCUUUGUCGUUCUUCUCCUUCUUUUCCUCUCUCUCUGCCUCACUCAACGACCAUCGUUCCGUCAACCUUCUUCUACUUCUUCGCCUCCGUAUUCUUCGUCUCCUUUUUUGCAUGCGAGCGAUCAAGGUCGGCUGGAUGCGGCUGCGAGCGUGGACUACCUGCUUCGCUACACUGCCGCAGUUUUCGAUCUCGACCACAGUGGCGCAGACUCGCUGCUUUUUGUGGUGUCUGCGCUUCUCGCCUUCGGUCAGCUGGGAUGGGUCGUAGCGGGCGCGUAUGGCCUGGCGGCUCUGCCUGCUUUGUGGCUGAGAGGCCGCAUGACGCCUGCGCAGCAGCAGCGCGAAGUGCAGAGAGAAAUCGCAGAACUCCGCGAGCAACAGCGCCAGCUCCAAAGUAAAUACGUAAACGCUGGCGGCGCGUCUCUGAAGGAGAUGAGUGAGAAGGAUCGAGCAAAGCUGCUGGAGCUGCAGGCGCAGCAGCAGCAGUUUACGCAGCGGACGUAUCGGCUCCAGGAAGAAGAACAUCAGCAGUCGACGUUCUUCGCGGUGCUAUGCCGCGGCGUUCUGCUUCCGUUUCGCUGGGUCUUUGGAGUCCUGUUGUUUCUUUUCUCGCUCUCGGUUGCCGGCGCGUUGUUCCUCGCGCUUCUCCAGCGUCUCGAGUUCUCCAGGUGUACGUACAGCUGCGGCUUCGUGCUCGACGACGACGCAACUGCGCGAGAGGGAGUCUUGUUCAAUCCUCUGGACGAGCUCCUCGUGCGACUUUCGCAGUUCUUCCCUGCCGACUUCCUCCUAGUGGGCGCGUACUUCGCUCUCCUCUUCCUCUGUCUCCUCUACGGCUUUUUUUCUUUGCGCGUCCGAAUCUGCAAGAAAACCUGCGAGCCUGUUCGCGCAGGUCGCACGCCUCCAGAGAGUCUCUUGAUUCUCUGUUUUCUCCUCGUUCAUUUUCUCCUCGCCGCCUCUCUCGCCCUUCUCUCAGUGGCUCCGCGGUAUGCCUCCUUCGGCGCGCAGACGUUCUCGCCCGCAAACGGCAGCGAUCCUAUUCCGUGUUCUCUCCAAGCCACUGCAAGCGGCGAAGAAACGACUUGUCGGAUGUCUUUCUUCGCCGCUGUCUUCUCUCGAGCUUCUGUCGCGUAUCCUUCUUUCGCAAAUUUCUUCUUCUUCUCUAACUGGGCGUUUCUAGGCAUUUACGCGCUCUGCACCCUUUACUGUCUGCUGACUCGCCCAAAGCAGCCGCAUCUGUCGGACCGGUGGCUAGAGGAAGAAGAAAGCGAAGGGAGUUUCAAUCGCCACGCGAAUCCGGGCUUCGCGAUGCAGGACGGGAACAGCAGUCUUUUCCGGGCAAGUCGGAAAGACGAGGAAACGCUCAAGCUGCUGGCGACCUGCGACGAGGACUCUGUGUGACACAGGGGUCGCAGCGACGGUAAAGAAAGGAGAUCCGUCUGGGCGGCAAUCUCGCGAGACAGCUCGACUUCAGUUGAAGAGGAAGCGAACCUCGGAAGAGACUGGGAAAAACGUUUCAAAGUCUCACUCGAGAACCUUGUUGGCUCUCAAGAAUCGCGAGAACUUGGCCCUGGCAGAAGCAGAGGAAAAUCCGCUUUCGAAUCCGCAGGACGUGCACCCUAGAAACAGACACUGCGGGCAGCUCCGCGUCGUGGAUGGGAAGUGAUCUUAAACGGAGAAAGCAAAAGUCAGAGAGCGACAGGGAACGUAGGACAGCGAACUCAAGACAUAAAAUCUAGGAGGGAACCGCAUCUCAGCUGGGAGACAGCUGCUCGUUUUUCGUGGGGGAUGUGAUGCAAAUCGGGCGGAGCCCAGCCAGGAUUUUGUCGAGAGGAAACGCGCAGAAUUUGAGCGGCCUGGCACUUUGUGGAAACGACGAUCGCGAAAAAACGUCAACUGCGUGUGAUCGUGGCGAAGAGGAGUUGGAUGAAAGCCAGCACGAACGCGAUAGCGACAGUUGCGCACAAGAUGCAGGGACCCGUGCAUUUUGAGUCUGUCCCCUCGAGAAAAAACGGUAACGAGAGGAGCUGCGUGUGUUUCCGUGCAGUGUGUUCCACGUUUGUGAAGCUGUGGCGCUGCCUAGAAAGAGAACCAAGACACGAACGAAACAUGACCUGCUGUGCACUGACGCGCGGCGUUUCCAGCAUCCCCCCUGACCGUGAUUCGUGAUCGAGCUUCGUUCACCCAGGCAGUGCCAGAGAAGACAAACACCG